UCUGUUAGAAAGCUAUUAAAACAUGUCAAGUGAAGAUGAUGACUUGUGUCUUGAUGAAUGAUUAUAAACUUUAAAGCAUGGAAUCUGCUUACAGGUCAUCUUUGUCUUAAUUCCUCUUCCCACUUGUGAAACAUUAGGUAGCUCUUAUUUUAAGAUCACCUGCUUAGAAAUCCAAAUGGGAUGGUUUAGAACAGGUAGCUAUUAGCAUGUGGCGCUGCAAGAGGAUACAGGUGUUGCACAUUAACUGCUUGGGGCUUUGGAGUCGGGAGAACAAGCUCACUUGGGCAUCAGGUGAUGCUGAAAGAAUGGGCUGCCACCACUUUAAAAUGAGAGCACCUGCUGUUAAUCUUCCUACUCAAUUUUUCUGCAGUUCCUUUGAUGGGAUUUUUGGGUUGAUUGCUGCUGCAUCUUCUUGAUCACAUUUUAGAAGCUUUUGUUUAUUCUCCAGCAGCAGUUUCAUAGAUUUCCUUAGGAAGCUGUCGCAGAUUGAGGUGGGUACAGACUUCAGGUAAAAGAAGGCACAAAUGAGCAGUUUCCAUAAGGAGAGAACAGAAAGGGCUCAGAGGUUCCUCUGAAUAGCGGCUUGUUUGAACUGACCCACAGUGAACUUGCUGCUCUACUUGUUCAUCUCUUUUGCAUCAUCCAUGUGCCCCUGUGUGCUGACUUGUAAACACUUGCUUCCAGAGGGGCUGCUUGCUUCCUCUGCUUCACUGCAUUUAAUUAAAGCAAUUGUACUCAGCUGCGGGGCUCUUGCAGCUGUAGUUCUUUUGAUUGCAGGCAGCAAUUUUUCUUUUUUUCUAUUGGAGCGUAUAUAGUGUGUUAACAGAUGUUCAAAUAUGCUUCACAGCUUCUGGAUUUUGUAGAACUUCUUGAAUGUCUUGCUAUAUACACAGCGAAUAGCUUCUGUUGUGUAACACUUUGUCUUCUCAGUACUUCAGUAUCCUUAGCCUGGGUAGCUUGGGAGGCUAGGGCAAAUUCCUAGACAUAGCGCACCAGGAAAACAUUGAUGUGAUGCGCACAUAGGCAGCGCUCCAACUUGUAAGGUUUUGAACAACAGACUCCUGGCCACUGUCUGGGAUGUUUUGGAGCUAAAGUAGCUUGAAUAGAUGUGAUAUUAAUUGAUGCUGUUGCUUCAGUGGGUUUAUGGACUGACAAUUCAUUUGAAUAGAGCGAGCAAGCCAGAAGAGGAGGUUUUAGAGCGGGGAUCAUACAAUGGACUGUUGUUGCACGCAGACUGUUAGAACUGGCCAAAGAUCUUGCAUGAUCAGCACUAUGCUGCUCAUAACUAUGUGGCCAACCCCCAUGAUGAGGUCUGAAGUCAAGCAUACACAGAAUUUGAGGUCAAGUGAAUUUAUCAAUAAUCUCUGCUGGUCUGAGGAAGUACACAAAUCCCAGCUGAAGGCAUACCUUGGCAGAACUCAGAGUCAUUUAGCACCCCAGGAUGUGCACGGCCCCUGGUAAGCUGCAGUUACUCCUGACAGGGAUAGUUUGUAUUGCAGAGUUUCAUGCUGCACCAUCUGCUCUUCAGAAAGAUCCUAAGUGUGGGCAGAAGGUUCAAGAGGCAAAACCAUGGAGUUACCUGAACCUAUUCACUCGGAUUGUUGGGGGAAGCCAGGUGAAACAAGGCACACAUCCGUGGCAGGUUUCCUUGAAACGAAGUCAAAAGCAUUUCUGUGGAGGCACCAUUGUUUCUGCUCAGUGGGUGGUCACGGCAGCUCACUGCAUCUUAGACAGAAACCUACUCCAGUACUUGAAUGUCACUGCUGGAGAGCAUGAUCUGAGGAUCAGGGAGACCGGCGAGCAGACGCUCCCUGUUAAAUACGCCAUUAAGCAUCCCAGCUUCGACCCCAGAAGGCCGAUGAACUAUGACAUUGCCCUUCUGAAGCUGGAUGGAGCCUUCAACUUCAGUUCUUCAGUUUUGCCAGCAUGUCUUCCUGAUCCAGGGGAAAAGUUUGAAGCAGGAUACAUCUGCACUGCUUGUGGUUGGGGCCGUUUAAAUGAGAAUGGAGUACUCCCUCAGGUCUUAUAUGAAGUCAAUCUACCAAUCCUAAACAACAAGGAGUGCUCAAGAGCAUUAUCAACUUUAAAGAAACCCAUCCAAGGUGACACUAUAAUGUGUGCUGGAUUUCCUGAUGGAGGAAGAGAUGCCUGCCAGGGAGACUCAGGAGGCCCUCUUCUGUGUCGACGUAAGCAUGGUGCCUGGACUCUGGCUGGUGUGAUUUCGUGGGGCAUGGGGUGUGCUCGCGGCUGGAUAAGUAAUGAGAAGAGGAAGCAUUAUGACAGAGGAUCUCCGGGAAUAUUCACAGACCUCAGUGCGGUGCUUUCUUGGAUUCAAGAGAACAUGAGUGCUGAUCUGAAAAUGAAAAGCUCCACAGCAUUUUGUAGCAUUCAGGAUGGCAAACUCCCUGACAGUGAAGGAGAAUUACAUUUUCCUGGAAGUCCCAAACAGUUCUAUCAAAACCACCAAUUGUGUGUAUGGACUCUAUUUGUACCCGAAGGGAAUUAUAUAUUGCUUCGGUUUUCCCACUUUGAUAUAGAGCCAGAAACGUUUUGUGACUAUGAUUCUUUAUCAGUCUAUUCAAAAGACAACAGACUUGUUGGGAAAUUCUGCGGAGGAGAUCUUCCAUUACCUAUUUUGGUUGGCUCCAGUAGUAUAAGGCUGAAAUUUGUUUCUGACAGCAAGGAUUAUGGAACUGGUUUUUCCAUGACCUACAAAGCUCUUACACCAGAUAUUCUUCCUGAUUCUGGCUGUGAGUCCUUAGCUGUCCUUUUUGAAGAAGGAGUGUUACAAAGUAUGCACUAUCCAGAGCGCUACACCAACAUGGCAGACUGUCAGUGGAUUAUUUGUGCGCCGGAGGACCAUGUCAUCAAGCUUACAUACCAGUCUUUUGAAGUAGAAGAGAGUGAAGAUUGCUCUUACGAUGCCGUGACUGUGUAUGAAGAUGUGGGGAAACAGGAAGAAAUUGCUAAAUCUUGUGGAUUCGCCCUCCCAGCACCUGUUCUAAGCUCCUCUGCUGUGAUGCUGGUUGUCUUUCACUCUGAUGAGACAGAGACUUUUGGAGGAUUCAGAGCUACAAUCUCUUUUGUUCAUGUGUCAGAUUUAGACACUUUGGAUUCAACUAGUGAAGAAGAAUUUGAAGAUGUGGAUAUGAUUGAAGAAGAAAUACAGGAUACAACAGAUGAUAUUUGUGGUAUGCCUUCAAAUCAGCCCAGGUUCAUCUUCAGUAGGAUAAUUGGAGGUGAAGAAGCCGUACCAUACUCAUGGCCUUGGCAGGUCAGUGUACAAAUUUCAGAUGAGCAUAUCUGCGGAGGAGCAGUUCUUGCCAAAGAAUGGGUUGUCACAGCUGCUCACUGCUUUAAUUCUAAGGAACUAUACACAGACUUAUGGAUGGUGGUAACAGGACUUCAUGAUCUUACGGAGCAAGAAUACAGACAGAAAAGGUCAGUCAAGCAGUAUAUUAUACAUCCAAGUUUUAACAAGACCACUAUGGACUCUGAUAUUGCCUUACUGCAACUGGCUGAGCCCUUAGAAUUCAACCAUUACGUGCGCCCAGUGUGCCUCCCCGCUGCCCAGGAGGAGGCGGUUCAGCCCUCGAGGGUGUGCGUUGUCACAGGAUGGGGUGCGCACGAAGCAGACAGAGAAAAGGGGAAAAAACUGCAUCAGCUGGAAGUCCCCAUCCUGGUGCUUGAUGCAUGUCGGAGCUAUUACAUAAAUCUUCCUACUAAAGUGACCCAGAAGAUGAUCUGUGCUGGAUUCCCUCUGGAAGAAGGCAAGGACUCAUGCACAGGUGAUUCUGGUGGCCCAUUAGUUUGUCCUUCAGAAGAUAACUCAGGAUUUUACACCCUUCAUGGAAUCACUAGCUGGGGCUUGGGAUGUGGAAGGAAGAGCUACCCAGGAGUAUACACAAGUGUCGGUGUUUUUGUUGACUGGAUCAAGCAAAGUGUUAAUAGUAGUGAUCUCCCCAUUUUCACGGUGUGACUGCCAAAAGAGCAGUUCUGCUGGACCACAUUGUGGAACACUUGCAAAGCACAAAUGUCACUGAAAGCAGAAUUUGGUGAGAGUGUGUUAGUUCACGAUUGGUGAACAGAUUCCGAAGUACCUGAUACUUACUUACCCUGGUGAAUUUACUGCUGAUUUACCCAAGUUGAGACUUUGGCUUUACAUGUGUGUUCUUGGGGCAGACACAAGUUACUUGCAGGACACUCUGUUAAUCUAUCUUAGAAGGAAAGAAAACGAAAAUAAGUGACCGUGUACAUUACGCCAAGCAUGUCCUUGAAUGUAGUACUGGAGAGCAUAAAAACACUGCAGAAAUGAGAUUAAAUAAGUGCCCGUAUAAAACAACAGAAGGGGCAGUCACUCAUCCUUCCAUUAAGGUCAAUGAGUGUUACCUCUGACUCUGAGAGGACCUAGGCAGUGGCAGUAGUGGUGCAACCCUGAGGAAUCAAUCCAAAUGCUGGGAAAAGAAUAUUUUUCAUACGGUUGCUUUUUUAACAAAUUGCAUGUUGUUUAUUGAUUCAACAGAUAGAAGUGUUUGAAAAGAGAGGUGUUACAGGCCAAGGGCCUUUGGCACCAUGCAAGAACUUUGGCGAAUGGCUAGAAGCUAUCCUAUUGAGCUGUGUUAUGGAAUGAAUUACAUGUAAUGUAAUUAAAGAGGUACUGUGUAAUCCACAUACUGCAAACAGAGCACAUGUACUUGUAAAUAGAGGUUUGUUUGAUGCCCAAAUGGCUGCUUACACAAGAAAUUGGGAUGACAGGCUGCAAUUAGCUUUGCAGACUGUUCUGUGCGGAGGCUUAGUGUUUAGAAACUAGAUCAGUAUGAUAGUAUAAAAGUUUAAUCCUUCUCACUCAAUGGUCCAGAAAAUAACUAGAAAGUAAGAAAGAUAUCUCAUUUUGUUUCUGUUGAUACUAAUGGCAAAAGUCUUUCAAGAUGUGUUUCCCCUACAUGCAUUUGAUGCCAAUAACCCUGCUUUUUAGAUGACAUUAGUUUAGAACUCAACAAUUUUUUUAACAAUAGAAUUUAGUUCCGUAGCUAGGGUAAAAAACAUCUCUCUCUACCUUUACUCUCAAAUGACUACGGUAAACAUUUUUUCACCAGUUUCUUCUCUUCACUGUAAAGUUUUAGGCAAAAUCCCACAAAAUAACCUGAAGCAUGAGCUUUCUGUGAAAAUACUUCAUGGUGGAGGGACUAUGGACAAAUUCAGAUUAAGUGCAAGGCACAGCUGUACUACGUUAUUGAUAGAGUGUGCGUGUUCUAUCUUUGAUAAACUCUCUGAAGAGGUCUUCAGAGAGCAAUGGAGGGGGAAUAUCCUUUGUAAUUCUGCAUUAUGGAAGUCUGUUAAUGUUCAGUUAUGGUGGAAGUUGCUAUUAGCUGACUAUCUCAGUUUAACUAUGCUGGGAGCAGAUGUGUCUAAUCACUUGGUUGCUAUUCUGUUUUGCGUAACAGGAACAAGAUGACUUAAAAUACCUGUAAAGUUUUUAUCUGCUUAUUAAUUUAAAAUAAAGAUACCAGGUGGGAGUGUUAAGUGAAAAAAUAAAAAGGUGGGAGGACAAUGGCAAAAAGAGGUGCUUCUCUUGAACACAGGCUGUUUCUUUCUCUGCAUUUUAAAAAACAGAAACUCCCAAACAUAUGAGCAGCUGGGACCUUUUGUAACCGCACUAUAGGUGGUAUCAGCUGUGCUAGCCCUAUUAAACACAGUGGUUAAAUGCUGAUAUAUAGAUAUCUCUUACAAACAAUUCCUUUCAUAUAUUCAGAAUGCUACCUUAAAUUAUUUGUAUAUGAUCUGAUUGUUAGGGUACGUACUUUUUACUUCACUGCACGAUGUUGACCUUUUGAGUUUCUCCUAGUAUGGUUUUACAAGUCUUAUUUUGCUUUUGUUGUAUCUUUUUAAUGUAUUGUAAGCUGCCAGUAUCCUUUAGCAAUAAUGUGAAGUGUUUUGUGAUGCAAAUGAAAUCUGAUUUUAAAAAAAUAUUUUCAAUGGAGUUCAUGGAAUUGUGUUUUAGUUUUUACAAAAUUUACAUGAACUGCGCUUUAAUUCUUGACAGUUCCGUGAGGCUCUCCUGAAUCCUACAGUCAAAAGGUAGGAUACUAGUAGCCUGCCUGAGUACCGAGGUAGGCUCAGGUUCCCUGCCUGCUUAAAAUCUGCGUAUAAACCACCUUCUGUUGGCGUGUAAGUAAAAAUACCGUCUUUGUAAUGUGACAUGAAAACAAAUGAAGGCUUAUUGCAUUGUUCAUCGGCACUGGCCUAAUAUUUGGAAUAAAAGUCUAUGUCCAAAAAUAUCUCGUUCUGACCUUUGGUUAACGUGAGCACCUGUAAAUCUUUGUGGUUAGCUCUGAAAUGGUAGUCCGGCACUGUAUGUGUGCAUGGGCACAGGUGCUGGGAGUCCAGCUGCAUUGCCGGUGAUGCACUCACACAGCCUUUGCAAUGGGUAUUAGAGCGUUUUUGCAGCUUUUAUUGGAAAGGGAAGAUCUUCUGUCGUUAAAGCAUGUCUGCAAUAGUACAGAAGAGGAGGCAGUUGUGUGAAAUCUGGGUUCUGGCUAUAUAGUUACCAACGUUAAACACAUCGUUGAUCUGUGACUCUGUGGCAUUACCUCUGUGAAUUCUUGGUUCAUCAUUCUUUUACUUUGCCAUCUCUUCCUUUUCCAGCCGAGGGCAGCAU